UCAAUUCCCGAGCUCUCUUCACUUCAGGAUGGCAUUAUAACACAGUGAAGACGGAUAUAUCAGCAUAUGCGUACAUGGGAGUCUGUCAUUAAAGCCAAGUUUAGUUUCCACUAGAGUUUUAACAAUCUAGACUGCCACUUUUAAAGAAUGAAUGUGAAGCGAUCGGAGAUGUGGAGCGCGGGAGUCCUGGUGCUGUUCACCGGGUGCGUGUGCGUGAGUGUGCCGGAGGAACCGGCGGACAGAGCGACUCCAUCUGACGGCUACUGUAACUGGAUAACACGGGCUCAGCCUCACGGAGCUGCGGGCAGGAGAGAGGGCUACAGCGAGUUCAGACUACGAGUGGAAGGAGACCCGGAGUACUAUCAGCCCGCCAGCACUUACCGAGUAACCCUGUAUGCGACCAACCCUGCAUACUUCAGAGGAUUUACUCUCAUUGCACUCAAAGAAGGACACAACGGUGACCGAGAGGAGGAUUAUGCUGGGAAUUUCCAGAUCAUCGAUGAGGAAGAUUCACAAUUUAUGAUGAACUGCCCCCAUGCAGUGACAGAGAGCACCCCCCGCAGGAGGACCAGAAUACAGGUGUUGUGGACAGCGCCCCUUUCAGGCAGCGGCUGUUUACUGCUGAAGGCUAGCAUUGUUCAGAGAAAGAUCAUCUCAUUCCAAGAUGAGGGCUCACUUACAAAGCGGAUGUGUGAGAAAGAGCCACUGUUUGGAGAGACGACAGACAAACCCCUGCUGGACUGCUGUGCCUGUGGAACGGCCAAAUACAGAGUCACCUUCUAUGGCAACUGGUCAGAGAAACUGCACCCAAAAGAGUACCCACGAAGAGCCAAUCACUGGUCAGCCCUCAUUGGAUCGUCCCAUUCGAAGAACUAUGUGCUAUGGGAGUACGGAGGUUUUGCCAGUGAAGGGGUCAAACAGGUUGCCGAACUGGGCUCACCGGUCAAGAUGGAGGAGGAGAUUCGUCAGAAGGGUGACGAUGUCUUGACUGUCAUCAAGAUGAAGGCACAGUGGCCUGCCUGGCAACCUCUCAGCGUUCGAGCAGCUCCGUCCGCUGAGUUCUCAGUGGACCGAACACGUCACCUGAUGUCCUUUCUGACCAUGCUGGGACCCUCUCCGGACUGGAACGUGGGUCUGUCAUCAGAAAAUCUCUGCAACAGAGAGUGUGGGUGGGUUCAGAAGGUGGUACAGGAUCUCAUCCCAUGGGAUGCUGGGACGGACAGCGGGGUCACAUAUGAGUCUCCCAACAAGCCAACAGUUCCUCAGGAGAAGAUUCGACCUCUCACAAGUUUAGAUCAUCCACAGAGCCCCUUCUACGACCCAGAGGGGGGUGCUAUCGUUCCUGUCGCCAGAGUUGUCAUAGAAAGAAUUGCUCGCAAGGGUGAGCAGUGCAACAUCGUGCCUGAUAAUGUGGAUGACAUUGUAGCUGACAUUGCCCAAGAGGAGAAAGAAGAAGAUGACACUCCAGAGACCUGCAUCUACUCAAACUGGUCUCCUUGGUCAGCGUGCAGCUCAUCGACGUGUGAGAGGGGAAAGCGGAUGAGGCAGAGGAUGCUGAAGGCUCAGCUGGAUCUGAGCGUUUCGUGUCCACAUACGCAGGACUUUGAGCCGUGCAUGGGCCCUGGAUGCAGUGAUGAGGAUGCUUCCACAUGCAUGAUGUCAGAAUGGAUCACAUGGUCACCAUGCAGCAUGUCGUGUGGUGCAGGCGUGCGUUCUAGGGAGCGCUAUGUAAAACAGUUUCCUGACGAUGGCUUUGCUUGCACACUCCCCACUGAAGAAACGGAGCCCUGCACUGUCAAUGAGGAUUGCUCUCCUAGCUGUUGCCUGGUUACUGAAUGGGGUGAAUGGGAUGCCUGCAGUGCCACCUGUGGUCUUGGCAUGAAACGCCGGGAGCGCAUGGUGAAAAUGCCCCCAUCUGACGGCUCUGUCUGUGGGGCUGAGGUGGUGGAGGCAGAGAGGUGUAUGAUGCCAGAAUGCCAUACAAUCCCAUGUUUACUGUCUCCGUGGUCGGACUGGAGUGACUGCAGUGUGACUUGUGGUAAAGGCACACGGACACGUCAGCGCAUGCUCAAAUCACCUGUAGAGCUGGGAGAAUGCAGUGAGGAGCUAGAACAGUUGGAGAAAUGCAUGUUGCCAGAGUGCCCAAUGGACUGUAUGAUGUCAGAGUGGUCCGAAUGGUCAGAGUGUAACAAGUCCUGUGGUAAAGGUCAAAUAAUACGCACACGCAUCAUCACACUGGAGCCUCAGUUUGGAGGAGAGCCGUGCUCCGAGACCGUACAGAAAAAGAGGUGCAAGAUCAGGAAGUGUAACCAAAGUGCCAACAGUGACGAGAGGAAGAAACGCAAAGAAGACCACAAGAAGAGGAGGAACAAACAGGGGAGGGAGGAAACCACCGAUGAGCUUGCAGGCGAUCUCGCAGGAUGCAGAAUGAAGUCGUGGUCUGGAUGGACUGACUGCACCAAGCUGUGUGGUGGUGGAAUUCAGGAGAGGAUGAUGACAGCCAAGAAGAGAUUCAAGAUCACACAACUGACCAGCUGCAAGGACCGCAAAGAGAUCCGGGCCUGCAACGUUCAUCCCUGCUAGAGCUGCACAAUCCGGGCGCAUGCGUCCCGAUACAGAUUGUGACAGACUUGCAGUAAUCGAAUGCACUCUGUUUAGGGUUGGCAAGCUGCAACAGCUAGUCUGUUAUUUAUUUAAAUUUUCUAGAAUUUGUAGUGACCCAGGCCAUGACUAGCCUGUAAACAAAACGGAAAACAAAGAGGGAGUUGCAAUGUACUGUACAAAUUCAGAUGUAUUAAUAUGCAUUCAUAUUUGAGUGUAACAGCCCUUUUUAAGGAGCUUUGAAGAACAAGUAGCACCAUGGCAAAUUAAAUAUUAAUGUGUUCUGACAGGAAACGCAAAACAAAUGUCUUCUUUUUAAAUGAAUUUCGCCUUUUCCCAUUCGUGUUUUCUACAGGGUUUUCUUAAAAGUCAUGAACCAAACCAACCAGCUCCAAGGUGAAAUCACAACAUUACAAACUUUGAUUUGAAACAAAAGCAUAUUUAAAAAUCAGACACAAGACAAAGGUACAACACUGUGUACUUACCGUCUUUCAUGAACUACAAUCCCAUUAGUCUAUGGAGAAAAAAUGUAUUCCUUUUUUUUCUACUGGAAUCAGUCUGUUGCACUCUAUACUGCACAUGCUAUAUAAUACAGUGGCCCCAAA